AUGAUGUAUAGCCGGAAUAAAUUUAAUCGUUUAACUCGAAAUGAAUAUUUGCCAGAGAUAAUUAUGAUUAUUGUUAUGAUUAUUAUGAUUCAUUUUUGUAAUACAUACUAUGAAUAUACUGGAAAUCAAUAUGUAUUGAUCGAUGAUGAUCAUUUGAAUGAAUUUUGUCCAUUAUAUCCUUCGACUAUGCAAGGCAGUAAAGAUGUUAUUAUGUUAGAGAAUGCAGAAUGGUCAGAUAGUCCAAAUGUACAAAUGGGUGGAAUUUUUGCACCCAAUGAUUGUAAAUCUAGACAAGAACUUGCUGUUAUUAUUCCAUUUCGCAAUAGAGAAUAUCAUCUUAAAUUAUUAUUAAAAUAUCUUCAUCCAUAUCUUCAAAAACAAAAACGUUCUUAUCAUGUCUUUGUUGUAGAACAGAUAGGCAAUGUUACCUUUAAUAAAGGUAUUAUCAUGAAUGUUGCAUUUCAAGAAGCCUUAAAAACUCGCUCAACAUUUAAUUGUUUUAUAUUUCAUGACGUUGAUUUAGUGCCUGAGAAUGAUUACAAUGUUUAUGAAUGCGAUAAAAAAGCACCUCGGCAUUUAUCACCAGCUGUUGAUGAAUUACGUUACGUAUUGAUGUACAAUCAUUUGGUUGGAGGUGUUUUAGCGUUAAGUAAAGAACAGUUUACUAAAGUGAAUGGUUGGUCAAAUCUGUAUUGGGGUUGGGGAGCAGAAGAUGACGAUAUGGCUGAAAGAAUACGAAAUUCGAGUUAUCGUUUAAGUCGACCACCGAAUCAUAUAGGUCGUUAUAAGAUGAUUCGUCAUGAAAAACGUGAACGUGCUGUAAAUCGACAUAAAUUACUUCAAGGUUGGAAACGCUAUUUAAAUGAUGGUGUAAAACAAUUAGAUAAAAUUGAUUAUACAAUAGAAAAUGUACAUCAAGAGAAAUUGUACACACAUAUUUUAGUGAAUUUAACGCGUUCAGCAACACAUCAAUUAGAUUAUUUACUUGAAUAA